CUGCGUGCGGGACUCCUCCGGGCAGCGGAAGGGAAGAGCUGCCCGUGCCCCAGGCAGAGCUGCCGCUUCUCCCGGAGCCUGCCGAGGAAGGGCUGCAGCUGGAGCGUCUUGGUGUUUCGUGCUCCGUCUCUCCGGAAAUAUUUUGGCUUUGAUUCCGUCUUGCUCCUCCCUGUUCCUGGAGAAGAGGUACCGUCCCGCUAUGCCUCGAUACAGCCUCCACAACCUUUUGGACUGGAUGUAUGGAGGGGUGGACCCCAGCUUUGCCGGCAAUGGAGGGCCGGAAUGCGCCGCCUUUCUCUCCGGCCAGCAGCGCUUGCUGGAGAGUUUGGUCUUCCUCAGUGUGGGCGCCAUGGAGAUCCUCGUGUCCCUGUGGAAGCUCAGGCAGCAGCAUGUCCGGGAGCUGGAGAAUCUGCUGCAGCAGCGCCAGACUAAGCAGGAGAGCCUGGGCAAAAACCUUCUGCUGGUGCUGCUCUGCCUCAUCUUUGGGCUGGAGCUGGGAUUCAAAUUUGCCACCAGAACUGUCAUUUACCUCCUGAACCCCUGCCAUGUGGUCACUAUGAUGCAGAUUUUUCUUCUUGCCUGUCCCCCAUGUCGCACUGCAAUGAUUCUCUUCAGGUUGCAGAUGCAUAUGCUGAAUGGGGCCCUCUUAGCGUUGCUGUUUCCUGUUGUUAAUACACGCCUGCUUCCAUUUGAAAUGGAGAUUUAUUACAUCCAGCAUGUGAUGCUCUAUGUUGUGCCCAUCUAUCUGCUGCAGAAAGGAGGUAUUUACACCCCUGAACCGCUCUGCAAUUUCUGGUGGGCUCUUUUAUCCACGGGGUUUAUGUUUGUGUAUCAUUUUAGCAUCUUGCAGAUCCUGGGAUUGGUUACAGAAGUGAAUUUGAACAACAUGUUGUGCCCAGCCAUCUCAGAUCCUUUUUAUGGGCCCUGGUACCGCAUCUGGGCAUCUGGACAUCAGACUGUCAUGACCAUGACUCACGGGAAGCUUAUAAUCCUGCUGUGUCACAGUGCUGUCCCCACCUUCAAGUGGAGCAUGGACUUUCUUAGGCUCCCAGCAAAGAAAAUAGACUGAAAUUUCUCCCCACAGAGUAAUUCAUACAGGAAGCAGAGAUAUACUGGAAAACAAAGAGGGGGGAUGAGAGGACAAUGGCUCUAUACUUCUUCCCACCGUUUUUUGCCUCAAAAACACCUCUGUUAUGAAGUGAGGUUUUUUUUACCUGCUGUUUUUCACUGCCUAUUGCCAAUGGCAAAAUUAGUGGCCUUACUCUGGGGAAGAUUUGUGUUUUAUACAUUUUGUAUAGAUUACAACAGAAUCUUGCUAAGUCACCAUUUAAAAUUAGGCCAGGAUCUGUCCACAUUCUGGCAAAGAGAGUGGCAGUGCUACCUCGUUUUCCAUUAAAGAAUAGUACACUUCUAGCAUAGGAAAUUCAGAAUUGUAGCACUCAACUUAUAUGAACCAACAUGCUGAACUGCAUUAUCCAGGCUUAACUCUUAAAACUUGAAUGUUCCAAAAUGGUCACAGGAAAUGGUGCACACUUGAUUGUCCUGUCAGAAGUGCAAAACAGUGAAGUUCUACUCUACUGUAUUUUCUAAAAGCUGAUUUAAAAAUGUUGGGGAACAAUAAGUCAAUUAAAAAAAAAACCACAUCUGCUUAAUUUCUAAGCUGCAAUGGAUAAGUAUCUAUCUAGUGAAGUCCCAUCAUGAUGCUUUGGAGAUUAUUUUGGUAAGGGGAGAAAAAAAGAAUGUCAAAAUGAAUUCAAAAGACCAUGUUAUGUUUAAGCCAUGAUAAGAUAUUGCAUCCACUGUUCUGUCCUGACUUUGAACAAAAUGAUUUUUUUUUACUUAGACUGGAGAAGGAGAGGAGAUACAAAGUCCAGUGUAACAUCAGGGUGGUUUUUUUUAUACUUGGUAGCUUUUGAAACAUUCCUGCUCUGUCUAUGAGGAUCCUCACUGACCAGACUGGUUGGUGAAGAAACCAAAUUAAACUCUUCUCUCUCUAUAGCUCUGCUAUAUCAUGUGUACUGACUGUAAAAUACAGGUAUAAAAAGGAAUGUCAAAU